UCCUACAAUGAGAAUCUACUGUGCCUGGGAUGUCACAAAAAAGCUUCACGUAUUCAAAAACCUAUAUACAGAUGUAGAAUCUGCCGCAAUUUCAUAUUUUGUGCAAAAUGCUACAACUAUGGCCAUGUUCAUAUGCAUCCAAUGUAUUGUGCUAAAGAAUUAGAUUCAUGUCAUACAAAGUCAAAUACAGGUUUCAUUCACGAUUGGAAAAAGUGUGUUAAGUCUGUAUGUGUAUCUUCAAGGUUAGAUCUUGCUUACAGACUGACCGAUGGAUCAAAUGAAUGUUGGCAAAGUAAUGGGUCUCAAGGAAAGCAUUGGAUACGCUUAGAAAUGCAACCAGACAUUUUAAUUCAUCAUUUACAUAUGGCAGUUGAUCCUUCUGUAUCAAGUUGCAUGCCUUCUCUAGUAGUUGUGAGUGGUGGUCCAUCAUUAUCAACUUUGAAGAAUUUGCGAACUAUUGAGCUUGAUCCUAAUGAUUCUGUUGUGCAACUUCUUUGUGAACAAACUGAGUUUUAUCAUUAUAUUGAGAUCGCUAUAAAGAAGUGCCUAAGUGAUGGCAUUAACUGCAAAAUUCAUGGCUUAAAUGUUGUUGGUCGGCGUAAAGUUGAUGCAGAAAAAAGGGCCAGAUUUACCUACUUAGCUUCAGAUAUUGAUGUAGAAUAUCGUAGUGAAGCAUCUUACAACUCAAAAACCAAUAACAAUGAGCUUCAGAAAGACCUUGAAACAAAAGUGUAUGUGUGGGGCUUAAAUGAUAAAGACCAGUUAGGUGGAUUACGAGGGUCUAAGGUGAAACUGCCUGCUUUUUCAGAAAAUCUGUCAGUUUUGAAACCUGUGGCAAUAUCCGGAGGAUCAAAAAGUUUAUUUAUAAUUUCACAAGACGGCAAGGUAUUUGCAUGUGGGGAAGGAACUAAUGGCAGACUUGGCUUGGGGCAUUCCAAUAAUGUUUCUGUUCCUCGACAGAUGACAUCUCUUUGCCAUUUUGUUGUACGAAAAGUUGCUGUCCAUUCAGGCGGUCGUCAUGCUUUAGUGCUUACCGCAGAUGGCAAAGUAUUUUCUUUUGGUGAGGGAGAUGAUGGAAAACUGGGUCAUGGAAAUAAAGUGAGUUAUGAAAGACCGCAACUCAUUUUGGCUCUGAAAUCAAAACGAAUUCGUGAUGUAGCAUGUGGUAGUGCUCAUAGUGCUGCUAUAAGUUCGUGUGGAGAACUUUUUACCUGGGGCCUUGGAGAUAAUGGACGAUUAGGUCAUGGUGAUUUAAUAACUCAAACUGUUCCAAAAAUGGUUGAAGGACUUUCUGAAAAGAGAGUUAAGCAAGUUUCUUGUGGAAAUAGAGAUGCUCAGACUUUAGCUCUUACUGAAGAUGAGAUGGUAUAUUCUUGGGGGGAUGGUGAUUUCGGAAAGUUAGGGCGUGGUGGUUCUGAUGGUUGUAGAAAACCAGAAAAUAUUGAAUCUCUUAAUUCAAUGGGUGUUGUUCAAGUUGAAUGUGGUGCUCAGUUCUCUUUAGCGCUAACUUCAUCUGGUCAAGUAUGGACUUGGGGAAAAGGAGAUUAUUUUCGAUUAGGUCAUGGUGAUGAAAAUCAUGUUAGAAGACCCCGUCUUGUUGAGAGUUUAAGAAAUAAAAAAAUAGUCCAUGUGGCUGUUGGAGCAUUACAUUGUUUAGCUGUUUCUGAUAAUGGCCAGGUGUUUGCUUGGGGAGACAAUGAUCAUGGCCAACAAGCUAAUGGAACAACAACUCGUAAUUGUAAACCAACUCUUGUUCAGGGUCUAGAUGAUGUUAAAAUUACACGUGUUGCUUGUGGAUCAUCGCACAGUGUUGCAUGGACAACUGUCAAAGUUGAGAGCAAUAAAAGACAUGAUCCAGUGCUUUUUCAAAUUCGUCGUGACCCACUUGGAAAGAAUGAUUCUACUUUGCAAUAUGAGGUAGAUUCUGCCAAUAACAGCAAUGUUCUUGCUUCCAAUUUUCCUCAAGUUCCAAGACCAACUUUAACAAAAGUUGUCAUGUCAUUAAACUCGGAUAAUGAAAGACAGCAAGCUCUACAAAGCAUUAUUCAUGCAAUGCAGAUUCAUCUAGCAAGAAAGGCAGUUGUCUCUGUAUUUUUGCCUCAUUCUGAAUUACCAGAAGCUGAAACCAAUCAAGAAAAAUCUAGUCCUGUAAAAUCAGAUGUUGCAUCAUUAUUUCCAGAAAUAAUGAAAACAAGUUUUUCUAAUAGCUUGAAAUCUGCUACAAAUCUCUCCAAAAAAGGGACUCCUAGUGAAGAUGAAAACUGUCCAUCCAAAGAUUUUUUCUUCAUAAACUCCUUGUCAAACUCAGGAAGUCUUUCUUCCAAAGUUUCUCCUACUGCAGCAAGUGUCUUAGCUGCAACAUUUUCCUCUUGUGAGCAGGUCUGCUCAGAAGCUACUGAGCCAGAUUCAGAUGUGGAUGAGUUUAUUGGUUGUUUGGCUCCAUAUGAUGCUCAAGUUUUUGUUGAUCUCCUAAAAUUGGCUGUUGCAGGCAGAAUGAGUGAGAAAGCAAAAGAUAUUAUAUCGACAGUUUUGCUAAAUAUGAGUAGAAUCAAUCCAGAAGUUGCAAAAAUGAUCCUUGAACUUUGUGUCACGGAACUAGAAGAUGUUGCUGCUGACGUUUCUUCUAGACGAAACAUACCAUUGCCUGUUAUUCAAGAGACUCCCCAUCCUUAUCCUGAUAAUGCUAAUUUAAGUGAUUUUGUACGAAUACCAGGUGCUGUUUACCUAAGGGUAGAAUUUGAUCGUCAGUGUUCAACAGAAAGAAGACAUGACCCAUUGACUAUUUUAGAUGGCUCAGGGAGAAUUGUUGCCAUUAGAUCAGGCAGAGAAUGGCAUGAAUGGUCAUCUGAUCUUUAUAUAACUGGAAAUGAAUUGAGAUGGAAAUUUGUUAGUGAUAAUUCUGUGAAUGGCUGGGGUUGGAAGUUUACAGUUUAUCCAUUUAUGCCACAAUGUCCUGACAAAGAGUUAUCAGACAGAUCUGUUUUAUCUGGUCCAUCAAUUGAGCUUGUUAUGUCCCUUCUUGAAAAACAAAUUAAUUUUUCUCAUGAUGUAAAAGCAUUAUCUCAACUUGCAACAGCACUGGCAUCUUGUGCUCAGAAUGGAUCACUUGGUCCUGUUUAUAGAAUGUGGGCAUUAAAUAAACUUCGGCAAUUAAAUUCCCCUGUACUUAAAGAUGAAUUAAGAAUUACUGGUGUGACUGCAGACUCUCCAAGUAUUAGUUUACCUUCUGAAACACAGCCUGUUUCGGGUUCUGCUCUGUUUAAUUUAAUAAGAGACCUUCCUUGGACUCUUCUGCGUCAGUAUGAAUAUGAAGAUGCUGUUCUCAGAGCUGGCAAGCACCUUAUGCACAGUGAUUUUUUUAAGGUCUUGGUAGCAUUAGCUUGUGAUCUUGGAAUUGAUAGCUUACCAUCUUGUAAUGAGAGUCAUAAGUGGCUAUGGUUCAAAAGAUAUUGUAUUGCAUCUCGAGUUUCUGCAUCUUUAAUUCAAAGAACUCCUCUUCCAUUUGCAUUUUGUAAAACAAUCCAAGCAAAGAUUUGGGAAAUGUGCUCAGAAGAUGAAAAAGUUACAGAUGAACAUGAAAAUCAUAAUCUAUUUAAACAAGAGCAUGAUGAACAACUCAUUUUAUGGAUAAAUAGGAAACCUGAGGAAUGGGCUGUCUCCUGGGCUGGAAGUGGAACAAUAUAUGGAUGGGGUCAUAACCAUAGAGGUCAGCUUGGGGGUGUGGAAGGAGCUAAAGUAAAACUGCCUAGUCCGUGUGAAGCUAUUACUAAUUUGAGACCCUUGCAAGUUGUUGGAGGCGAACAAACUUUAUUCAUUGUGACUUCAGAUAUGAAGGUAUUUGCAACUGGGUAUGGUGCAGGUGGUCGCCUAGGAAUUGGAGGAUGUGAUUCUGUUUCAACUCCCACAAUGAUAGAAAGUAUUCAAGACAUUGCAAUAAAAAAAGUUGCUGUAAAUUCUGGCGGAAAACAUUGUUUAGCUCUUACUAUUCAUGGAGAUGUUUAUUCUUGGGGAGAAGGAGACGACGGAAAACUUGGUCAUGGCUCAAAAAGCUCAUGUGACAAACCCAAACGAAUUGAAAGCAUUAAGGACCUUGAGGUUGUGGACAUUGCAUGUGGAGGAGCUCAUAGUGCUUGUAUUACAUCAUCUGGAGAGCUCUACACUUGGGGUAAAGGCCGAUAUGGGCGUUUAGGACAUGGGGAUAGUGAAGAUCAACUGAAGCCAAAACGAGUAGAACUGCUGGUUAAUUAUAAUGUCACUGAUGUUGCAUGUGGCUCAGGUGAUGCACAGACAUUGUGCAUUACUGAUGAUGACUGUGUAUGGUCCUUUGGCGAUGGAGACUAUGGCAAACUUGGCCGAGGCGGUAGUGAUGGAUGUAAAAUCCCUGUGAAAAUUGAUACUCUUACUGGUGUUGGUGUCAUGAAAGUAGAAUGUGGAUCUCAAUUUUCUGUUGCUUUAACAAAAUCAGGAAGUGUUUAUACCUGGGGCAAAGGAGAUUAUCAUCGGUUAGGGCAUGGAACUGAUGAUCAUGUUCGAAGACCGAGAAAAGUGUCUGCUCUUCACAACAAACGAGUCAUUUCUAUUGCUGUGGGGUCUUUGCAUUGUGUUGUGUGUACAGAUUCAGGUGAAGUGUACACAUGGGGAGACAACAAUGAGGGUCAACUUGGUGAUGGCUCAACUAGUGCAAUUCAGAGACCAAAACUUGUACCGGCUCUUACAGGAAAAAAAAUUAACAAAGUUGCUUGCGGAUCAGCUCACACUGUUGCAUGGUCUACAUGUAAAACAAGCCAUACAGGAAGAAUGCCAACGGCUAUACCUUUGGAAUAUGAUCAUUUAAAAGACAUCAGUAUACCUGUUUUGCGCAAUCGUUACUGUUUACUUUAUCACUUUUCUGAAAUAUUUUGUUCUUCAAUAUCUAUGUUUGAUCUUGAUGAUGACAAUUUGAGAGGUCUUUUAGUAUCAUCAGGAAAGGAAGCAGCAUUCCGAAAGGUACUGCAAGCAACAAUGAUUAGAGACAGACAACAUGGACCAGUCAUUGAGCUUAACCGAAUGCAAGUGAAGAAGUCAAGAUCAAAAGGUGGUCUUGCUGGAGCAGAUGGUGCAAAAUCAGUUUUUGGGCAAAUGGUAUCGAAUAUGAGUAGUAUUUCACAAGACAGCUUGCGUUUGCCUCAUCGAGUAUGGAAAGUGAAAUUUGUUGGUGAAUCUGUUGAUGACUGUGGUGGUGGUUAUAGUGAAUCAAUUGCUGAAAUGUGCGAUGAACUUCAGAACGGAUCUCUUCCACUUCUCAUUCAAACACCAAAUGGGCGUGAUGAUACUGGUACUAGUAAGGAUUGCUUUCUGCUCAAUCCAACAGCCAAAUCUACUCUUCAUAUGGAUAUGUUCCGAUUUCUAGGUAUGUUGAUGGGUAUUGCUAUGAGAACUGGGAGUCCUUUAAGUUUGAAUUUGGCUGAACCAGUGUGGAAGCAGCUUACAGGAAUGGCUCUCACUUCAGCAGACUUGACUGAAGUUGACAAAGAUUAUGUCCCUGGUCUAGUCAGUAUUAGGUACAUGGAACCUGAAAAUAUAAAAAAAAUUGAUUUACCAUUCAGUACUCAUAACUCAGUUGGUUCCGAAGUUCCUCUCAGUUCCAAGUAUUCUUACAUCACACCAGAAAAUCGUCUUGAGUAUAUAAGACUUGCUUUGAAUUACAGAUUACACGAAUUCGACGAGCAAGUUGCUGCUGUUAGGGAUGGAAUGUCUAAAGUUGUUCCUGUGCCACUUUUAUCCCUAUUUACUGGAAGUGAACUAGAGACUAUGGUGUGUGGAAGUCCUGAAAUUCCUAUUCAGUUGCUGAAAGCUGUAGCUACUUAUAAGGGAAUUGAGCCUGAUGCACCUUUAGUCACAUGGUUUUGGGAAGUAAUGGAAGAGUUUAACAACACAGAAAGAUCAUUAUUCUUAAGAUUCGUAUGGGGUAGGACAAGACUUCCUCGUACCAUUGCUGACUUCAGAGGGAGAGACUUUGUACUACAGGUUAUGGAAAAGUACAAUCCCCCAGAUCAUUUCUUGCCAGAAAGUUACACCUGUUUCUUCUUGCUGAAAAUGCCAAAAUAUUCUUGUAAAUUUGUAUUAAGAGAAAAGUUAAAAUGUGCCAUACAUUUCUGCAAAUCCAUUGACACAGAUGAUUAUGCUCGAGUUGCUCUUGUUCAGUCUGAUCAAGAGCAUGGCUUAGGCUCUAGUCCAUACAUAGACAUAAGUGACAGUGAUGAUGAUAUGGAAAGUGGAGGAUCUGAUGACCCUAUUGCAGACUCUGUUUCUCUGACUUCUCAAUAGUAUGGAGCAAAGACGAAUAAAUUAAAAUUGCAAUUUAAAAAAUCAAUAUCAAUUUCUUAUUAAUUAUGAAGAGCAGUCAUGUGUGCAUUGUUCAUUCUAGAAUGACAGUCAUUUUGAAUUUCUGUGAUAUAUGAAUAUUCCUAAUCAUAUAAAGUUAGAUUUAUUAUAUGCAAA